AGAUGGGUGCCCUCAAGUAUGUCGAGGAGCUUCAGAAGAAGAAGCAGUCUGAUAUGAUGCGCUUCUUGAUGCGCGUGCGCUGCUGGGAGCUUCGCCAACUCAACGUCAUCCACCGUGCCAGCCGCCCGUCGCGCCCUGACAAGGCUCGUCGUCUCGGAUACAAGGCCAAGCAGGGCUAUGUUAUCUACCGCGUCCGUGUCCGCCGUGGAGGUCGCAAGAGGCCUGUGCCGAAGGGUGCUACCUAUGGCAAGCCUACGAACCAGGGUGUGAACCAGCUCAAGUACCAGCGCUCGCUCAAGUCGACUGCCGAGGAGCGUGUCGGCCGGCGCUGCGCCAAUCUCCGCGUCCUCAACUCGUACUGGAUCAACCAGGACUCAACCUACAAGUACUACGAAGUCAUCCUCGUCGAUCCCCAGCACAAGGCCAUCCGCCGCGACCCCCGCAUCAACUGGAUCGUCAAGCCCGUCCACAAGCACCGCGAGGCUCGUGGUCUCACCGCGACCGGCAAGAAGAGCCGUGGCUUGGGCAAAGGACACGGCUUCAACAAGACGACUGCCGGCAGGAGGAAGACGUGGAAGAGACACAACACCCUCUCCCUCUGGCGCUACCGCUAGAUGCGUUGAGUGUGUUGCGUGCCUGGUGGACCGCGUGGUCAGACUCUUCGAGCGGAUGGAAUGGCGUGAAUGGAAAAAGCUGUUCAAGGCUAUAUAGUUUCUCGGUCUGGUCACAUAAUGGCUCGUCGAGACCAUCAAACUGAAUUCCACUGGAUUUCAUGGCUUCGAUGGCCCUCAUCCAAGUUGCGCCGUGACGCUCGCUGUAUGCAGUGCCCAGGGCGAUUCC